UGAAAGGGCAGGUCACCACUAAGUACUACCGUAUGUUGUCCAAGCACGGGGGCUGGGUGUGGGUGCAGAGCUACGCCACCAUCGUCCACAACAGCCGCUCAUCCAGACCCCACUGCAUCGUCAGCGUCAACUACGUUCUCACGGACGUAGAGUAUAAAGACAUGCAGCUGUCUCAGGAGCAGAGUCGAGCGGCCAAACCCAUCUUAGCCUUUAAGAGUGGCCUGGCCUCCUCUCAGGACCUCCGCAAACAACUCAAAACCAAAGCAGUCAAGAUCAAGAGCAAACUGAAAACAGCCCCCUACCCUCAGCCCAACAGCACCUACCACCCAGACAAGCUGGACUGCUCCCCCCAGGGAGGAAGUUGGAAGGAGAGCACCCCCUACCCCCUGAACCCCUGUCACGGGCAGAUCUCAGGCCCUUCUGGAGGCCCAGAGGCUGGAGAGGUCCUGUGUAGUAGCAGCGCCCCCUAUGGCCUCUCCUUCCCCUACCCCUAUGGACACCUACCCCACACGGACUCCCAGAGGAGGUUGCGACACACCCAGGGUUCUUCCUCCGCCUCACCAUCCCCGUCUUCCCCUGGCCUGGCCGCCCAGCAGCUGCUCAGCUCCCUGCAGGGUCGAGGGAGCGAGGGGCGGUGGAGCUGUGCCAACGCCAAAAUCCACCAUGGUACUAACCCUGCUCACACCCUGAGACCAUUCGCUGCAUCGUGCUCCAUUACUACAGCCACCACAGCAGCAUAUUCAGGCCCCGCGGCGAGCAGGAGAUACCCCCCCUGCGAGCCCCUUCAUGAUGGCUUCUCCAGCUGCUCAACCCCGCGCCCUAACAGCAGGUUCAAGGAAGAGCCCUAUGAGCAUCACACGCUUGGCCAGAGCAAGACCACAGAGGACCGCCUGCACUCCCAGUCACAGGCUACUAAAGAGGACAGCAAGCUGCCGUUCAGUCGAGACUACCUCCACAAGGCCUCCGAGGGGAGUGGUUGUGUAGGAGGGGAGAAGCCGGUGUCCUGUCCCCUGUUGAGUAGCUCUGUGCUGGGGAAGGUGAGCUGCGAGCAGUCCCGGUCCUUCCAUGGCCUGGGCCAACCCUUCCCCAUGCAGGUGGUCCUGGAGCAGCGCAGGAGGCUGUGUAUGAUGGAAUCCCCCUACAGCCACAGUGCCACCGGCCCCCUGGAGCACACGGACAGCAAUGGGGAGCGGGGGAGCCCCAAGUUGCUGGAUCCUGAGGCGGGGGAGGAGGAAAGGAGGAUGUGGAUGGGG